AUGCUGCUGGCUGACCCAAAUGUCUUUCUGGCCCCUCCUCCCAUCAAAGUUUUAGCAUACGCGGACGACACUCUUGUGGUCCUCCGGAAUCCCACAGAAUUUGAACACCUCCAAGACAUCAUCAACCAAUACAUGGCCGCAUCCAAUGCAUCUCUCAACUACAGUAAAACCCAAGCACUCUCGUUAUCCGGUAAACCACACCCACCCUGGAUUUCUUUCCUACAAGAUCAGGGUAUCACAUCAUGGCACGACCGCACUGCUACCGAACCUCUCACCUACUUAGGAUUCGCCAUAUGCUCAAGUGCCAAUCAACGCGCAACCUAUGCCCUCUCCAUCAUCUCCAAGAUUCGCGCCUAUUGCCAGCUUCACUCCGCCCGCGCAUUAACAUACCGAGGUAGGGUCACCGUCAUCAAUGCGCUCUUAUAUUCGAAACUUUGGCACGUUAUGCGCCUCUUUACAUUUUCACCCCCUGAACUCAAACAGCUCCAGCAACUCGCCGCCACCUUCAUCAACCGCGGAUCCAAAAUCGCUCGCCUCGCUUUUGAUCACCUCACCCAACCCAUCAACCAAGGGGGCUUGAAACUCCUCGAUCCAGCCACUCAAGCUAAUGCCUUACAAUGGCGGUGGCUCUACUUCCUGAUUCACCCCCCCCCCACAAGCCUCACCUUCACUUAUGCCGUCCAUUCCCAUCCUUAG